AUGAGAGGCUACCUCGUGGCCAUAUUCCUGAGUGCUGUCUUCCUCUACUAUGUGCUGCAUUGUAUAUUAUGGGGAACAAAUGCCUACUGGGUGCCACCAGUGGAAAUGAAACGGAGAAAUAAGAUCCAGCCUUGUUUAUCAAAGCCAGCUUUUGCCUCUCUCUUGAGACAUCCUCAGUUUCACCCUUUUAUGUGUGCAUCUGAUUUUAAAAAGAUUGCUUCCUUCUAUGGGAGUGAUAAGUUUGAUUUACCCUAUGGGAUAAAAACAUCAGCGGAAUAUUUUCGAGUUGCUCUUUCAAAACUGCAGAGUUGUGAUCUUUUUGAUGAGUUUGACAAUGUGCCAUGUAAAAAAUGUGUGGUGGUUGGUAAUGGAGGAGUUUUAAAGAACAAGACAUUAGGGGAAAAAAUUGACUCCUAUGAUGUAAUAAUAAGAAUGAAUAAUGGUCCUGUUUUAGGACACGAAGAGGAAGUUGGAAGAAGGACAACCUUCCGACUUUUUUAUCCAGAAUCUGUUUUUUCAGAUCCCAUUCACAAUGAACCAAAUACCACAGUGAUUCUCACUGCUUUUAAGCCACUUGAUUUAAAAUGGCUAUGGGAAUUGCUGUCAGGUGGCAAAAUAAACAAUCAUGGUUUUUGGAAGAAACCAGCCUCAAACCUGAUCUAUAAACCUUAUCAGAUCCGAAUAUUAGAUCCUUUCAUUACCAGAACAGCAGCUUAUGAAUUGCUUCAUUUCCCAAAAGUGUUUCCCAAAAAUCAGAAACCUAAACACCCAACAACAGGAAUUAUUGCCAUCACAUUGGCAUUUCAUAUAUGUCACGAAGUCCAUAUAGCUGGUUUUAAAUACAAUUUUUCUGACCUCAGGAGUCCUUUGCACUACUAUGGGAAUACCACCAUGUCUUUGAUGAGUAAGAAUGCAUAUCACAAUGUGACCGCAGAGCAGCUCUUUUUGAAGGACAUUAUGGAGAAGAACUAUGUGAUCAAUUUGACUCAAGAGUGA